CCUAAGCCAAACCAUCAAGGUUGGAAUGGAACGUGGUAUGUUCUGGACGUUCUUUCGGGGUCUCACCUUGGUUGUCUCCACUACUAUUGCCUCGACUUCUUCCAUCGCUGGGCCUCUCCAUCUUAUGGUAUUACCCCUAUGAAAUUGUUCCUCCCCUGAAACGUCAUCUCCGACGACAAGGGAUCCGAAUGGGAGAUAAAGAAGCCGCGACAACAACUGGAAAAAACACAUCAAGCUUCACUCGAUGUUCUUGAAAUACAUUCUCCUGUUCAUCGGCUCUGAUAGGGUCCUUGUGUAUUGGGCAAUAUGAGCGUCCACUCCCAUGACCAUGCCGCAUUUGCGAGCACCCCGUCCCCACGGUCUGGAUCAGUGCCUGAUAUUGAAGCCCAUCCACGUUCACCGCAGGAACAGCCUUUCCCCACCACCUGGGAACCCACAUCACCAGAGACGCGGACUAUUCCUGCAAGGCCGAGCUCUCAGGAGACAAUCAGGCACCGUGCGCGACGCGCUAAUACUGCCCGUUCAUACCGUCCGGACACUGUUGCGCACGACCCAAGCUGGCAGCCGGGGACGGAGCCUGGUAUUGAUCCUACCAGACCUCUCCCGGCUUAUAAUGCAGAAUGGAUGACCUCAAUAUCAACGAGCUUACAUCGUCGGUGCGAUAUCACUGUAGUGGACUUCUCUCAGAAUGAAAUGCGCCAAUACGCACUCGACAACGACACGAUAGAGCAAUUUAUGGCCCGAGAGCGGGAGCCCUGGGUGCAGUGCAGGUGGAUCAACGUCAAUGGACUCAGCUGGGAUGUUAUUAGGGUGUUGGGUAACCAAAAAGGAUUGCACAGGCUUGCGCUGGAAGACUUAAUCAACGAGACCAAUCGCACCAAGGUGGAUUGGUAUUCUGAUCAUGCGUAUAUCGUUCUUACGCUACAAAAGUUGAUCACCACUCGACAGGACUCGAGCGACUCAGAAGAGGAGGACCCUGAUGAUAAUGAGUCCUUCAGGCCAAAUCGAAGAGACUCCGGGAUGAGUAGUAGCAGAUCGGUAUCUGUGAAGAAGCCCACCCGGCGACGUGUUAUCCUGGCUGCCCUGAAAGAUAUCUUCUGGCCUAAAUCGCGAAAACAUGAAGCAUCAAACAGGAAUACCGAUGGAGCUGGCUCUCGGUUUGCUAUGAAUGGAUCCUCGAAGAACCCCAGACUCGGUGAUCUCGCUGAUGUUCCUGGUCCUGCGCGCAGUAUUCAGCGGUACCGAGGUGGCCCGAACGAAGAUCGGAUUGCUUUCAUGGAGCGCCAUGCUGUGUUAGCUCCAAAGGGCCUGGGCGUAACACUGGAACAAGUUUCAAUCUUUCUCAACGCUGAUAAUACUGUCAUUUCAUUUUUCGAAGCAAGUGCAGAAGAGAUUGAGGCGCCUAUUGCGAGGCGCCUUACCCAACCUGAGACGAUUUUACGCCAGUCAUGCGAUGCCAGUAUGCUCGUGCAGGCCAUAUUGGAUGCCAUUAUCGACUUGGCGAUACCGGUGACCACAGCCUACCAAGACGCAAUCGGUGAUCUUGAGCUCGACGUCCUGACGGACCCGGAUGUUGACCAAUCCAAGAGUCUUUAUAUCCUAACAUCCGAAAUCGCAAUCCUUCGCAGCGUUAUGCAACCGAUUGCGACCAUUAUUAAUGCUCUUCGCGACCAUCGUUCUGAACCCAUCAGCACUCCUGGUGUUGCAACACUCCGUCCUCCAGGGUUUGCGACACCUUCCUCCGCUCCGGGACACAUCGGCAUUAGUACUCCAAAUCUUAUGAGUAUAGGUGGCACGAGUGUGUCCAUAAGUCCUAUGUGCCAUACAUACUUGGGCGAUGCACUAGAUCACUGUAUUACCAUCGUUGAGGGAUACGACCAAAUGCGAAGAGCUGCAGACAACAUGAUUGAUCUGAUCUUCAACACAAUCGGUGCAUACCAGAAUGAGAGUAUGAAGCAGUUGACUCUUGUGACGUGCUUGUAUCUCCCUCUUACCUUUUUAACGGGUUAUUUUGGUAUGAAUUUUGACAGAUUCUCUGGAGUCACCGACCAUAGCGAUUCAUAUUUCUGGAUAAUUGCACCGCCUUUCGUCUUUGCAACUACGCUUAUUUUGAUGCGGGAUAAAAUCCAGCGGUAUGCUGUAUUACUGGCACAAAGACGCCUUAUUUCCAGUUCGAGACGACAGAGAAGGCAAAAAGUAUCCAAGCGAGAUUGACCUUGGUGUUUAUCGGAAUUGGUCCACAGCGACAAAACCGUAUUCGAUGACAAUUAUUGUUAGGCCAUGAGCGGUGACCUUAUAUUGUACAUUCAGUUCUAUAUUGUAAAUUCUAUAAUAGAGAUAUUCUAGAAAGACUUGCGUCGAAAUGCCAUAUAAGCCUUCCACGGAAGCUUCCAAUCAGACCGAAGAAGCU